CUAUCGAUGAACUCCGUAGUCUACUCCGAACUUUCACACGAGAGAGUACCAUCAGACGGUCCGCCGCUGCAUUUUCUUCAUUUGCACAUUUUCUGCGUACCGAACCGAAGUCGGCCUAUUAUGAAAAUAUGUCGGUGAAUGAAGUGUACGUGUUUCGACCGUUUAAGCUGAUCGCUUUACUUUGUGUGUUCCUCGCACUGUGUUUAGAUAUUGUAGCACUUUUGAGCCCUGCUUGGGUUACAGCGGAACGCUACUCUCUGUCGCUAUGGGAGUCUUGCAGUGAAACUGCGACGAGCUGGGACUGCACUUCCACCCUUAGGUCCGACUGGCAGAUUGCCACGUUGGUGCUGCUCCUGGCAGGCGCUGCGGUGACUCUGGUGGCCUUCCUCAUCGCCCUCAUCUCCCUCUGUAAGGGCACUCAUAGGAAGCACUACCGCACAGUCGCUGUGUUCCUCUUCACGGCAGUGGUUCUCCAGGCCUGCGCUCUGGUCCUCUACCCAAUCAAAUUCAUCGACGGCACGGUGCUGCAGACCUACCACGAGUUUAACUGGGGCUACGGCCUCGGCUGGGGGGCCACCAUCUUCAUGCUGGGAGGUGGGAUCCUGUUCUGCCUGCGAACAGACAUGUACGAGGAUGCCAUGUACUGAGUCCUCCCUGACUCACACAUAUGUACAAACACACACACACACACACACACACACUCACACACACACACACACACACACACAAGAAGAAUAAUGUACACACGCCACAUAUAGUGCAUAGCUCACAUAACAGCUUCUUACUUUGCACACUCAGACAUAUAUAUAUAUAUAUGCUGGCUAAGGCGAGAUAUGCACUGUUAAAGGGUGGCCCAACCAGAGCAUACAACUGAUACACAUACACACACACGCACACACAAAGGCGAA